AUGUGGAAACACGUCUGCCUGGCGAGCCUCUUCGUUGCCACGGCACUGGCGAACACGGAGAAGGCCAUCUUCCUUGGGCCCAAGACCAUCAACCUACCGCCGACUCAUCCGAACCUACAAGACUUGCGCAUUGAUACGUUGACACCGGCUAAAUGGAAUAUUCGCACUCUUCUUAAUGCUCAAUUCCCGACCGACGGGGCCAGGUUCGGCAAAGCUACGUGGUUAGUCCUGGACGAGUUGACCGAAGGUCAGAGAUAUGAAGUACGGGUCUGCUGGGCUGCUACUCAACCCACAGAGUUUCGUAUCAAUACAUAUGAGCUCAGUACUGUAUUUGAAACUCCUGAACUGAUAUCGGAACUGUCUGAUUUCUCGUGGUCCCAACAACCGAAAGCUGAUGAUGAUGAUUCGGAAACUCCCGAGAUCAUCAAGCCGGUGUCCAAGGAGGAGAGGCAAGCUUCAGUCCUCUUGUUACAGAUUUUGGCGGCUGCAGACUAUUUCACCACAAACCAAACAUUGAUGGACGAGGUUCCACCAGUACUUGUGGAUAUCAUCCUAGACCCGUUCAUCUUCAAUGUGCUACCACGCUCACUGGCUCCAACAGUAGGCUACGUCGUCCUUGUCGCUGUCUUUUCCUGGUUCCUUGCGAAACGCAUCUCAGCACGGAUCCGGGGGUUAGCAGCUUCAGAAACAAGUCAAACGAAAAAGGACCAGUAG